CAAUGAGCGCUGUGUGGCCCCACCCCGUCUCUCUUCAGCGCUGUCUAUAUCCUCAGUGUAGGUUACUAUUCUCGGAGAGAGAGAAAGGGAAAAAAUAAUAACCUCCAAGAAUUGGUUAUUCCUGUCUUUCACCUUCCACGACCAGCGGCCAGGAGGGGAGCGGCCUUCGCGGUGGGAAUGUGCUGCUACAACAAGCCCGCGUCCUAUUUUUUUGUGAAUGUAAAUGCACAUGUAGUGUCAAGCCUGUAGCCUAUUUACCCACCUCGAAUUCAAGAGGAAUAUAUAUGUAUGAGUGUGUAUGUGUGUACACAUAGGCUUUAUGUAGGCUAUAAAAACUGAGCCUGACAGCGGGGGUUGCUUUUUCACCUGCAAGAAACGUGGAUACAUUUCGAGGGAUUUUCACGUCUCGGUCACGUUUUCUAUUCCUUUUCUUUUUUAGGCUUUUUUUUCUUGAAGGGAUUCGUAGGAGCCAGUCGGGAAUUUAAAAAAAACUCUAUCGGUGCGCAGUUUUUGGAGGCUCGGUGGUGAUGUGAGGGGCUGAUAACACAAUUUCAGCAACAAAAGCGAGGGGCAGGGAGAGAGAGAAGGCCCUUUUGGAGGAAAAAACACAGCAAGAAAUAGCCACCACAAACAAGGAGGACGAAUCUGGGGAUAUUGCAUCGUGUCGGAGUUUGAGGUGGUGGAGGAUCCAGCAGAAAAGACAACCGCAGUGAGUUUGGAGCGGUUGUGGGUUGAUUUGAUGCAGCGAAUGAAAAGGAGCCGGAUGACGACGGAAGCAACGAGAAUAUCACACAUGUAGGUCGUUCGGGUGUAAAUAUUAUUUCCCUUCCUCCUGUCCUGUUGGGCCCCCGACGAAGUCAGCCGUCGGGGAGACAUAGCAAUAGAUAGAGCGUAUAAGUGUACACUUAUGGAAAUGUUUAUCAUGAAAGGAGACGUGGAAACGAGCCGCGCCACAGCACGGGCGAGGUUUUCGGACACGCCGAGUUCGGCUCCUUGUCACGGGCAGCAGUGAGACGCAAGACCCGGGCUUUUGGAGAUGCAAAUUAGGUUGUUUAUUCUGCCUCCAUUUGAGGUGAAACCCCGAGUUUUGGUUUCUUAACAGACGUAGUGGAUUACAAUUCUUCACGCAACACAGUUGACAGACAGAGAGAGAGAAAGAGUGGGAAAACAAAACAAUAACUAUACUGCAUGCAAAGGAGGAAAAAGCCCGAGCAGGAUUCAGCAAACUGAGAAGGCGGCCUCGGUGUCGUCAGCAACAGUAUCCUGCCCUUUCUCUGACAGCAAAAUACGCGUUAUGGACACAUAAAUUCUACAGUGCUGCACCACGGACAGUUUUUGGAGAAGGCCAGGGAAGUUAAAUGGUGUAAAUGUGGAUGACAUUGCUGCCAAAUCCGCAUGUCAAACGAGGGAUCUAGGCUAGUUUAGUUUAUUUAUUUAUUUUGCUUUCUACAUACCCCCCACCUCCACUCCUUCUUCUUCUUCCACCUCCUCCUCCUCCCCUGGACCCCCUUUUUCUUUUUUUCUUGCGGGAAGAUGGGUUGUUUGGGCAACAGUAAGACCGAAGACCAGAGAAAUGAGGAGAAGGCACAAAGAGAAGCAAACAAAAAGAUAGAGAAACAGCUCCAAAAAGACAAACAGAUCUACAGAGCAACACACAGACUACUACUUUUAGGAGCUGGAGAGUCAGGAAAGAGCACCAUAGUAAAACAGAUGAGGAUCCUACAUGUCAACGGCUUCAAUGCAGAAGAGAAGAAGCAGAAAAUUCAGGACAUCAAAAAUAAUAUUAAAGAGGCUAUUGAGACCAUAGUAACAGCUAUGAGCACCCUGACACCACCGGUGCAGUUGGCGAGCCCAGAGAACCGGUACCGGAUCGAAUAUGUUCUCAACCUCGUUAACCAGAAGGACUUUGAGUUUCCAUCUGAGUUUUACGACCAUGCGAAGACACUGUGGCAGGAUGAAGGGGUCAGGGCGUGCUAUGAGAGAUCCAACGAGUACCAGCUAAUCGACUGUGCACAAUACUUUCUAGACAAGAUCGACAUUGUGAAACAGACUGACUACACUCCAACAGAUCAGGAUUUGCUGCGGUGCAGAGUAUUGACUUCAGGAAUCUUCGAAACAAGAUUCCAAGUGGACAAAGUUAAUUUCCAUAUGUUCGAUGUUGGCGGUCAAAGAGACGAACGCCGAAAAUGGAUUCAGUGCUUUAACGAUGUAACGGCCAUCAUCUUUGUGGUGGCCAGUAGCAGUUACAACAUGGUGAUCAGAGAGGACAAUCAGACCAACCGUUUACAGGAAGCCCUCAACCUCUUUAAAAACAUCUGGAACAACAGGUGGCUGCGGACCAUUUCUGUCAUCUUGUUCCUAAAUAAACAGGACCUGCUAGCCGAGAAGGUGCUGGCAGGGAAGUCCAAAAUUGAGGAAUACUUUCCUGAAUUUGCUCGCUACACCACACCUGAUGAUGCGACACCAGAGCCAGGAGAAGAUCCACGUGUUACAAGGGCAAAGUACUUCAUAAGAGAUGAAUUCCUGAGGAUCAGCACAGCAAGUGGGGACGGAAGACACUACUGUUACCCCCACUUCACCUGCGCCGUCGACACGGAAAAUAUCCGCCGCGUCUUCAACGACUGUCGAGAUAUCAUCCAGCGGAUGCACCUGCGGCAGUACGAGCUGUUGUGAUAGAAGAAAGGUGUAUGGCCAAAAACACAUCGGACUAUGAAAAACCCUGAACCUUGAGUCUCUGAACUCCCCUCUUCCACUGAAGUGUGUGAGCUCUUGUGAAGAACGGAGGCCAUUACACACACACACGCACACACACACACAUGCGCACGCACGCAGACUUACAGUAAACACAACCUGAACCCAGAACUUCCCCUGAUGCAAACUUGCUACCUGCAGUAAAUUGAGCUAAUUUGAUGAAAAUGUUUGAGGGGCUAACACAUAAAUGUACUCUUACCUCCACCUUCAGCCAUACUCCGAGCUCCUUACCUCUUAACAUCAUAUAUAGUCCCCAUACACGUUAUCUUCACCUUUGUGGGAAGGGGGUGUUGAGCUGCGGUUGAGAUUGUGAGACUUUUGCUUUUGUUGAGGCCGGGAUGAAACUGAGAGAGCUACUACUUCAGUAGGAAAGAUAUAACUGUCGAAUUACUGCAAAUAAAGACUAAACAUGUCAUAACAGAUCAGCUUAACACUGUAUCUAACAAAGAAAACAAGCACUGUGCUCAGGACUUGACUCAAACCAUGUACACCAAUCCUUCCUACCAUUUACACAGAUCCAUAAACCCAACCACAGUAUCUGCUUGCACACAGAAACAUAUCACACCUGCUUUUUACUGGACUGCACAACCGGGUGGAUCCGGAAACGUACUGAUCUACCGACGAGCAGCAGGUUCGUUGAGCUGUCAGCUGACAGUGCUUUGAGAUUAAACAGACUGAGUGACUGACCCCAAGGAGCAGCGUUACCACAAACUAAACGAAGCAGGGGCGUGUCGGGAUCAGUCAGGCCGCACGGGGGGGCAGGGGUUCGCAAAAACAGUACAGAGCCAACUCCGAUGUGAAUUUGUCUGAUGGACUCUAGACACGUUGUACAGGGACGACGAUGACAGUCCCUGGACUUCUCCACAGAACUGUUUUGCCACUGGACAUUGCCUUGUUGGUAGUGGAGCAAAACGUGAUGAGGAUAUAUUGAAUUUAAAACAAAAGGAAACAAAAAAAUGCAAACUUUUAUGGCACUUAACUAAUGGAGGACACAAAGCAUCCUUCCACAGUACAGUACCAUAUAAGUUAAAGAAAACUCUCAUCUUGUCAUGAUUGACCCUGUUAUACUGUCUCCACAGCUGUUUAUGUCUGUGUAGACUUUUGUGCCAUUGUGCCCUGUGCGCUCUUUUCUUUAUCUUUACUCUCCCUUUUUUCACCCCUUUUCUUCUUACAAUUUUACUCACUCUCCAUUUUCACAUUUCUCCCCCUCUCUCAUUUUCUCCUUCACUCUCCCUUCUCCCAAUCACCUUUUCACAUGCACUUUUACCUUACUGGCAAUGCUCAUUUGUUUUAAGAGGAAAUAGAAUAUAACAAUCCUGGAAUAUAAAAAAGAAGAUGACAACAACAAACGGGACACUAAUUUUUUUUUUUUACUCAUGUGGUCAGCCUGCUUUCACCUUCCUGGCAUUCUUCCCUCUGUCAUUCCGACUCCUUUCCUCCUUCCUCCCCCGACUCCUUGCUCUUUUGUAUGUCUGUCUUUACUUUACUGCUGAACUAUUAUUCUUGUACAGACUGUAAAAUGUAUUAUUUUGUACAACUUUAUUGAAAAAAAAAUUACUUUUAGAAGAUCCCUGUGCCUUGAUCACGACUGUACGUGUGUAAUGAGCUAAAGUGGGUGUGAUACUGCGCUGUAUAGCUUGGCCAAUCCCCUCCUAACCCCCUUCCUCUCUCACCACUCUCUCUCUCACCGCUCUCGCUCUCUCCCGCUCUCGCUCUCGCUCUCUCUCUGGACAGAGGACAAACAUUCGUGGCUCUUGUAGUUUUAUUUCUCUCCCCUAUCCUCCCAUUCUCUCUUUAUGAUUUAAAUGUCUAUUUUUCGAUCCAUAUACCCCAAAAAGAUAAAUAUAUGAAAUGUAUAUGGGUUUUAAAAAAAAAAAAAAAAAGUAUUUUAUUAGAAUCAAAUGAACCUUGACAAAUUGUACACUUGAUAGUGUGCGUAUUGCUAUAACUUAAAUCCUUUCAACUGAAGUUGUGUUCAGGUUUCUUUUGUUUUACUCCGUUGACAUCUACAAAGGACAUUUUGAGGGUUAAAGAAGAGAUGACAGAUCCAAAACAUUGCUUGUUUCUACAGAGAUCUUAUUCUUUUGCUACAAAGGCCAAACAAAAUGACAAAAAAGAAAACAUUUAAGUUUAUUUUCUGGUUGCUAGCCUUGCACAGCAGAGGCGGCCUGUACAGUAUUAGCAUUUCUGUCAUUUCAAUGCCCUAGUCUUCAUUUACUGUGUACAUCAAAUAUGGGUCUCUACUUUCUGAACAGAAGCUCUAAGAAAUAAAAGUUUUUUUUGGUGCAGACA